UAAUAAUAAUAAUAAUCAUACUUGGAGUAUUGGCUAUGCUGAUUGUCCAGACUCCAAUGCUAUUGUGAGUCUCCUUGCUAUCUAUGUCGAGGUUAUGACGCAGCCAUGCUGGAGGAAUCCCGCCCAAGAACUGUAUCCUCAAGUACCUACUAACUAGGUAGCAUACCUAGACAUAUGCGUGAUAGAUACCACCCAAAACACCCGAUACGAACACCAUGAGGCGAAAUAUGUAGGAAUAUCCACCUUGAGAUAGUUUGUCCGCUCCCCGAAGUGGCACGCAGAUAGAGGGGUAAAUCCGGUAAACCUAUGUCAUCAGAACCGAGUCCUGUAUUGUAUGUACAUACUACGAUAACAUUUCUCAGUACCAUUUGAAACCGAGAUAACGUAUUCGUCGAAUAUGGCAACAUUAACCUCCCGAUGUGCCGUCGUCUCACCAACACCCCGAAGUCCCAUCAAGAUCCUUCCGUUUGAAGUUGGUCGACCCCCAGCAGACAGCAUUCAUGUCGAGAUCAUCCAAGCCGGUAUCUGCGGCACAGAUCCCCAUCUCUGGAAAGGCGACUACGGGCUUCGCGCGCCUGUCGUGCUUGGACAUGAAGGUAUAGGAAAAGUCAUUUCAAUGAACCCGACAGUCAUCACAGAUCACGCGGGCCAACCACUUCACGAAGGUGAUAUCGUAUAUUGGACUGCAAUCCGUCCCUGCCGGAAGUGCUACUACUGUACUGUUCUAGACGACGAGUGUGGAUGUCCUUCGAAUGGAUUCAUGCAUAACUACGAGGCACUUGCUCGAGCGAAGGAAGGUACCUGGGCUACAUAUAGCCAAUAUGCAACUCUGGGACCGCGCAAUUCCUUUUAUCGCGUCUCGUCUGACGUUCCGCCAGAGGCUUAUAUUGCCCUUGGCUGUGCACUUCCCGCGGUCAUUCAGGCUACUGGCCGUUUACGAAAAGGCCACAUCGAACCUCACAGCACUGUCCUCGUGCAGGGCUGCGGAGCGGUUGGACUGGCUGCCAUAAUGAUGGCGAGAUUGUCCGGUGCUUUGAAGGUUGUAGUGAUUGAUAGAAAUCCCAUUCGACUGGCCAAAGCCAAAGAAUUCGGCGCUGAUGACUGUAUCAACUUGGACGAAGUCACGGAUAUGGGAGAGCGGGCGAAAAGAAUCACCACCCAAGUUGUCGGAGAUCGUGGUGUCGACCUAGCCAUUGAAUGCAGCGGCCAUCCCAGCGCUAUCAGGGAAGGGCUCGGCUUGCUGGCACGCAACGGUACCUAUCUUCUCAUUGGCACUUGGGCUGGGAAAGCAGAAGUUCUAUUCGAUCCUUUCGUCGUGGUCAACAAGGCUUUGCAUAUCCAGGGAAGCACUUACGGCGCUCCUCGCGACUAUUACCGGGCCUCAAAGGUCGUUGAGCAGAAUUGGCAACGGUUCCCACUGGCCAGCUGCGUAACGCACAAAUUCAGCCUCGACGAGACGCAGCUCGGGUUGGAGACUGUAAUGUCUGGACUAGCAGUAAAAGCGGUGGUUGAACCAAACCGCAAGGGCAAUUAGAAUCCUUUGAGUGAAUUGUCCAAAUGCAGAACGAAUCUUUGGUUAUUGUGGCUUUUAAAUGUAUAGCACAUUUCGCAUGAUACGUUGUCAGAAGUGUCGAACUAGUGGUUUGUUUCUCUUUUGAUGGGGUUCAAAUCAUGGAGAAUAUAUCGAGUACAGAUCACUGAAAGGAUGUUUCGUUGACAAUGGGUUUCCAUCCUUCUCGCCGAGGACAGGUAAGGAAAUGUUUCGUUAGGAUUA